CCUAAAAGGAAGGGAGGAUCCACCUGGUAUGGAUUCUAAGAUCUUUCCCACGGGCAUCAGUAGCUACCCAUGCAUACAGAUUUUUUGAAGCUUUUAGUACUAGAGGUAUUUGUCCCACAGUGGGUAAGUGCACUAGAACCGGUUGUCCCGGGUAAUACAAGGGAUUCCUCGGUUUCUUAUUCUCCCUAGUCCCGGGUAAGAGGGAUGGAGGAUUAGGGCAAAAAGCAGUGAGUCUGGGGCAGCCAUUUACUCCCCAUCGUCCAUUGACUUUAGUUACUGCAUCAGAUAUUCGUCGCGCCCAUCCGGGAUUGUGCGGUCUCAGGGUUCGUUUUAAGAGUCCGUUUGUACGUUCUACAGUACCGUUUGCCUGGGGAUAAUAUGGGGUAUGGAAAAUUUUUCAGUUUUCAGUUUUUCAGCUGACUUUUAAUGCCAAUUGAAACUGGAUGAUGGCCAACUAUAUAACAUGCUUGCCCAUGGUUAACCUGAGAGGUCGAUAAGCUGGAGCAAGUCCAACAGACAGUAAUCACGAUGGUCGGGGGGCUGUAGCGCUUUAUCUAAGCCUGGAGGAGAGUUGGCUCUGGAGGGGACUUAAUGGCAUCCUUUCCAAACCUGAAAGGAGGUUAGUGAGAAGGAGGGUUGAACUAGAUGAUCUCCAAAGGUCCCUUCCAACCUCAACCAGUUGCUGAUUCUGUGAUUUGGAAACCUGUGGGGGAAAUGCCCUCUCAGGAACGGCUUUCAAGAAAGGCAGCAGGCACAGCAUCCCAGCGCCUACACAGAAACCCGGUGUGUGUUUUUAGUUGAGGUUUUCUUUUUGUACUUUACAGAACUCAUUUUACUGCACAUACUCUGAACACAGUUCCUCCCAUGUCCCAGACUGCAGACAUGGAAAUGCCCCAGCGUCGGAGGAGACAGAGGCCGGGAGAUGGCCUGUCACUCCUGCAGCCCCCAGGGCUCCACCCGUCCCGGCCGGCGCAUCACAAUGUGCCACAGUGGCAUCACAGUGACCCGGCCACGGCCACCAGCGCGUGUCCCUCCCCGUGCGGCACUGCGCUGGCGUGGGGCAGUGCGGACAGAGGUGGCUCCCAGCCUGGGGUCACUGCCCGGCACAGGGACACGUGUCCAGCCUCACGCAGGCCUGGUCGGUGCCUGGCGCUGCCGCAGCCGUCUGCCCGGCCUCGGCGCCAUGGGGCAGGCCAACAUCUGCGGCGCCCGCGGCGCUGCUGCCACCCAGGCACAGCCCGGGGCCCCUGGCCCCGUGGCUCCUGGCGCCCGCCGCGGGCUCUGGCGCAGGGCAGCCUCCCGGCCCCCGCCGCCCCUCGGCACCUUCGUCUCCAGCGGGAGCCCCCAGCUCCUGCUCACCCUCCCUGCGCAGGUGACGCGGCACCAGCGCACGCGCCAGAGGCACCUCCUGCUCUUCCCCCACGCGGUCGCCAUCGCCAGCUUCAAGUAAGAAGAGCCACCACAGCCCUCCUUCCUCCCCAGCACCGCCUCGGCCAGGGUCUCCCGCGGGAACGCUGCAUGCCCAGCACUGCUCUGGAAGGAGAGCAGGGGGCAGGAGAAGGGCACAGGCUCCUGCUCUUGUCCUCCUCCCCUGCAGGCCCUCACCAAGGGUGCUGCUGGCAUCACUGCCCUGCAGCCACUUCUCCAACGGCCUCUGCGUGGCGGCUGCAAAGGAGGCUCCUUGCUGCUGCCUGGGGCUCGGGGCCACCCUCCCCAUGGCUCUGCCCUGGGAAACGGCUCUUCCUGGGGGACAGCUGGGGUGGCCCCCACGCUGCACACCCACACCCCAGGCCCUGCUCUGCCUCCCUGCAGGUGCGGCUCCAUCUUCUGGCUGAAGCACCGCGUGCGGCUCAGCGAGCUCUGGGUGCUGUGCAGCGAGGAGGCAGCCGCAGCCAGGCCUGAGGAGGAGGAGGAGGAGGUCUUUGGCCUCAAGUGCAGCCACACCCUCAUCCUCGUCUGGCCCACCAACCUCUGCGUGGUGACCUUUGGGUCGCAGGAGGUGAAGCAGCUCUGGCUGGACACGAUGCUCCGGCAGAGCCCAGGAGCCCCAGGAGCCAGGCUCACCCGACUGCCCUCCCUGCGGCUCCUCACCAAGGUCAUUGGCUUCUACGGUCCCGAGAUGUCACUGACAGCGGCGACCGUGGAGACGCUGAUUUCGGUAGAGGCUGACGCCAAGAAAGGCCCCCGCUUGGACCCUUCCGACGGCGAAGAGGCACUUGGCCACUCGGCUGCAGAGGGAGCGAAGGCAAGAAGGCAGGUGAUCUCCUGGCCACUUGCUCGGCGAGGAACCCCUGCCAGCAGGGCCUGCCCUGUCCCAGGGCAGCUCGCCUCUGGCCCCAGGGCGGCUCUCUUUGGCCAGCCUCUGGCAGCUCUCUGCGGGCAAGACGGGGGCCUGCCCCAGCCAGUCCAGGAGCUCCUGGCUAUACUGUAUGAGAAAGGGCCUGCCACCGAGGGCAUCUUCAGGAAGGCGGCGAGCGAGAAGGCCCGCAAGGAGCUGAAGGAGGUCCUAAACCAGGGCAAGAGCGCUGACCUGGACAGCAGACCCGUGCACCUCCUGGCAGUGGUGCUGAAGGACUUUCUUCGGGAUAUCCCCUCCAAACUCCUCGUGGACAGCCUCUACGAGGAGUGGAUGCAAGCGCUGGAGAAGCCAAGCCAGCAGGACAAAAUUGACAAGCUGAAGGAGGUGGCCGACAGCCUGCCCACAGCAAACCUCCCGCUGCUGCAGCGCUUGCUCGCUGUGCUGCGUCACAUCAGCGAAAACGUGGAGACCAGCAAGAUGGACACCAGCAACCUUGCGAUCUGCGUGGGGCCAAAUAUGCUGAGCCCCUGCACGGACAACGUGCUCACGCUGGCAGAGCUGAAGGAGAGGAACGACAAGGUGACAGCCCUGGUGGCGUUCCUAAUAGACAACUGCCGAGCAAUAUUUGGGGAGGACAUCACCUUGCCCUUCAGUCCCUCAGCCCAGGAGUCACCGGAGCACACCAACAGCUCCACAGGUAGGAGGAGGCACUGA